AUGGGGUGUCUGUGUGCUCCACAAAGGCCUCCUCGUCAGAGAUCCUCAUCAACCUUCUAUGGCCUCUUCACAGACUAUAACAAGCCAGAUGGUGAAGCUGCUGUCUAUGCCUUUGAGGGCCUGAUUGGUGGGAAGCGGAUUGAGGCCCAGAUCCAAGAAAAGAAAAAGGAGACUCUGAUUCUCCUCCUGAAGAGCCUGCCUCUGGGAUGCUUCUUCAACAUCUAUGGCUUUGGAGUUCGCUACGUCUCGUUUUACCCGCAGAGUGUAGAGUAUACCCAGGAGACAAUGUCAGAGGCUCUCCAACGUGUGCAGAAGCUGUGGGCUAAUUUGGGGGGCACAGAGAUUCUGAAAGCACUGAAGGCCAUUUACAGCCAGCCAUGCCGAGAAGGACAUCCUCGUCAGCUGUUUGUAUUCACAGACGGAGAGGUAUCUAACACUGAUGAAGUCAUUGCAGAAGUCCAGCGUCACAGCGGCUCCCACAGGUGCUUCUCAUUCGGCAUUGGCCAAGGGGCCUUCACAGCCCUCAUCAAAGGCAUCUCUCGAGCGGCCGGAGGCAGUGCUGAAUUCAUCACCGGCAAGAAGUGCAUGCAGGCCAAGGCCCUUCAGUCUUUGAAGAAGGCCCUGCAGCCAGCAGUAACAGGAUGGGAUUUGCCUCCCGGUCUUGAGGCCAAGCUUGUGGGGUCUGGUCCCCGGGUCAUCUUCGAAGGGCAGCACAGCCUCAUCUAUGCCCAGUUCCAUGGACAGUGUCAGGCAAGCAACCUCCACUACGGGGACGAAUGGCCCCCUCCCAAGGAAGUGAAAUCCGCUCUCUUUAGGCUGGUCUCCCUGCAGAAUGCUGAUGGCUCCUGGGCCCUCAAUUCCAGCCUGGCCAGCCUGCUGGGCCUGAGUGAGGCUGAGAUCAAGAGCAAAACACCUGAGCAGGUGGACCCCGAUGUGUGGGCAACUGUGCUGGCCAUCCUGUGGCUCCACUCCAAGACUGCAAAGCAGAGGGAUGAAUGGGAGCUGCUGGAAGUGAAAGCGCUCGACUGGCUUCAAGCAACUGCAGGGUCUCAGCUAUCAGACUGUGUGAAGACUGGCAAUGCAGUGCUGGGCAGCAGCGUGAGCCCCCAGACUUUGGGCCUCUCAGCUCCAUUCUGUUCCUUUGUGCCUUCGCUCCCUCUUCUCGUCCUGCCCAAAUGUAACCUGCUGCUUUUCGGAGGGCUUGGCUGAAUUCCUUGGACAGUCGUUUAUUCCUAUGCCUGAGAGCUUUCCUUACCAGUGUGUUGGGGCUCCACCGU